AACCAGGAAAACAUUUUACACCAGCAAGCGGAAAUACAAACUCAUCAACAUGAUCUGGACACCAACUAGCAACAAAUAUGGAGUUGCAAUCCACAACUGGCACGGUGAUGUGACGCACGGGCUCGCGUUAGACGUGGGAGACUGCGUGGAAAUACUGGAAGAAACAACCUACUGGUUUCGGGGCACCUGCCCAAGAAAGCCGCGCAAAGUGGGCCUCUUCCCCAAGUCGUACAUCCACCUGAAGGACCUGUCGAAGGUGGACCCAGUGGUGGCCGAAUGUACGCUGGUGCUGCGCGAGUGGUCCGAAAUCUGGAAACGGCUGUUUGUGGAACGGGAGGAAUACAAAUUUACGUCCCUUCGCAAAGUAAUGCUGGCGUUGCUCGAGAGCCGACGAGAACUGCUCAGCUCUACCCUGACACAGGAUCAGACGUAUGAUCUGCAAAUGAAAGUGAUAUCUAAAAUCGACUGGGGAAACAGAAAGCUUGGCCUAGAUCUCGUACCACGCUUAGGAACGCUGGCCGUUGAUCCUCAAAAAAUCGGUAUAGUAUCGCUGCACCAGGUGCAUGUAAGCAGUGCAGAAAAUGCCAAAGCCGCAGCGAACCGCGCAACGCAACGUAAGAAGGCUGACAAAAACAUCAACUCGCACCAUCUCUACUUCUGCAUGCGUGAUUUUGGUCACCGGAUCGGGGACGAUGCCGAAAUCUUCUUCUACCUGUACGAUGGAAAUACGAAUCGUAUGCGCGCACUUUCCGAACGGUUUCUGGUGCGCAUCGCUCGGGACGGGUUUUCCACGUACGUGGACAUGUCCCACAACUGCACCAUCUUCACGGACCUUGGCACGUCGGAUCUGAAUCAAGACCUGUAUCUCAUCGCGAACGUGAUGCGUGUGGGCAAGAUGCUCCACUCGGAGUCGGUGAAGAAGGGCGACAAGCUGACCGCUACAACGCACGCCUAUCGGCGACCGUAUGGGGUCGGCGUGCUGCCACUGAACGAAAUCGCGCAAUUUGAUACGAGCGUGGAAUCGGAGGAGAAGGAGUUUAGUUUUAAAAUUUUCCAGUGUGAGGAAAAAGAGUACCAUCAGCUGCACGAGCUGAUCAUCAAGAAGGCUAGCGGAAAGUUCCAGCCAAUCAAUGCCAGCACCCAGGGACACUAUGGGCUAGUGGUGUCGAUGAAGCUGCUGCACGGCGAGAUCAGCCAGGUGAAGCAAGAACAACCGGUUCUGUUCCAGGGAACGGCGAUCACGAAGAAAAUAGGCUUCCCCGAUGUGAUCAUGCCGGGUGACGUGCGAAACGAUCUCUUCCUCACGCUCGAACGGGGUGAGUUUGAGCGGGUUGGUAUCAGCACGGCGAAGAACAUCGAGAUAACGGCGCUGGUAUUGGACGAGCACGGUCGAAUCGUCCAGGAAUGUAUAGCGAUCGCGUCCGGGGGUUCGCUGCAAGCAUCCUACAAAUCCAUGGUGCUAUACCACAACAAUUCGCCGGCAUGGAAUGAAACGAUCCGGAUGUUCGUACCGAUCGACAAGUUCAGCAAGGCGCACGUGCGUUUCGAGUUCCGAAGCUGCUCCACGCGGGACAAGUCCGAUCCCAAACUGUUCGGAUUUAGUUUCGCGCGGCUGAUGGAACCGGGUGGCGCAACGAUCGCCGAUGGUGCGCACGAGCUGUACGUGUACAAGUGCGAAGACUUUCUGAAGGUGCAGGCCAGCGUCUAUCUACGGCUUCCUUGUUCGGCCGGAGACCGGCAGGCGGUAGGGGAUUCACCGUCACCGUACCAUCGUAGCUUGAAGGAAGCCUUCUACGUGCGCACGAUUCUCUGCUCGACGAAGUUAACCCAGAACGGGGAUCUGCUGUCGCUGCUGCAGUGGCGCAACCGGCCGGAGGGCAUACAAGACUCGCUGCAGCGUGUCCUGCGGUUGCACAACGAGGAGCUGAUCAAGUUUCUGCAGGACGUACUGGACGCCCUGUUUGCACUGUUUUCCACCGACGAUGGCAACAGUACACCUCACUCGGGGCUUGUUUUCCACGUGCUAGUCAACAUUUUCAGCCUCAUGCAAAGCAACAAGUUUCAGCACUUCAAACCGGUCAUGGAUGCGUACAUUCGCGAUCAUUUCGCGGCCCCGCUCGUCUACCAAGGAUUGCUGUCAUCGGUGCAGCAUCUGGCCGAUUGGCUAACGACCACGGACAAUCUGGAACCGAUCGUGCAGUGUUUCAGUUCGCUGGAGUUCAUCUUCAAGCUUAUCAUACAGUCGCGCAAACUGUUUGCCCACGCAUCGGGCGGCCAGUAUGAGGAUAAGUUUAAGAACGAUCUCUUCUCGGUGUUUACCUCACUGAACGGGAUGCUUUCGGUUCCGAGCACGACGCAGAUCCUUGCCACCCAGGAGAAACUGCUCAGCAACGCCGGGGUGGUUUUCGAGCAACUGCGUACGAUCAUCACUCCGCCGGAGCUGGAAGCGCUAGUCAAAUCGAUGCUGGAUGCUGUUCCCAAAGACGCACAAUCACCGUUGAUAAAAGCUAAACUGAAGACGAUCAAGGAUUUGGUCUCCGGUCAGCUGUUCCAGGAUGACGAGUUACGUUCGAUGAUACUCAACAUCGCCUGUAAGCAUCUACGCGUUCACCUCGCACGUCGGGACGAACUGCUGCUCUGCUCGGAAAUUCUCGCCGAAGUGCUGAUCAAGCUGUACGAGGCGAAGGCAAAGACGGGCGAGAAACCGUCCAAUGCUAUCCACCACGAUCUGGACACGCUGUUUGUGAAUAUCUUCCCGAUACUGCUACAAACGAUCACCGUGCUGAGCAACGGUGGUAACGAAAAUCUUAUCUGCCCACUGUUUGCGGUGAAACUUGGGCUGCUUCAGCUGCUCGAUGAAAUGCACUACCAGCGCAUGUGGGACCGUCAGCAGAGUGGUAGCAGUCCGUCGGCGGCCGGUGGAUCGCUCGGUACUGGAAAGGAUUUGCGCGACUUCAUUCACCAGUGCUUAGCCAUCUUCAAGGAUAUGCUCGAGCAGGAUUGGAUGAUCUUCUCCAAGGACUGGCUGGUGAUGAAGAUGGCUGCCAACGAUGUUCUGCGCCGCACGCUCGAAGAGCUGGCCAAACCGCUGGUGUACCGCUUUCUGGGCCCGCAGUCUUUCGACUCGCAGCUCUGGUGGUCGUACUUCAGUGUGGCCGUAAUUUUCCUCACGCAACCAUCGCUGCAGAUCGAACAGUAUCACGAGACGAAGCGACGCAAGAUACUCAGUAUCCACGGUGAUAUGCGGGUUAUGAUGGGCUUCCAGAUACUGAGCAUGUGGGCGCAACUGGGUGAACACAAGCUUCACUUUAUCCCGUCCAUGGUGGGCCCAUUCUUGGAGGUUACACUAGUGCCCGAACCAGCCCUGCGGAAGGCCACUUUUACGGUGUUCUACGACAUGAUGCAGUGUGAACAGGUUUCGCGAGGAUCAUUCCGUCUGGUGGAGAGUGAACUGAUCGACAAAUUGGAUCUGCUUAUAAGCGAAAAUAAAGGCGAUGAUGAAUAUCGGGAACUUUUUAGCACAAUGGAGCAACUGUGUUUAGCCCUGUUGGAACGCGUGCAAACCGAGAACCCCUCGUGGCGCGAGUCUGGUAUCGCGUUCAUUUCCUCCGUCACGAGGCUGCUGGAGCGGCUGCUUGACUACCGCAGUGUGAUGCAGGGCGACGAGAACCGGGACAAACGUAUGACCUGCACGGUCAAUCUGCUCAACUUCUACAACGACGAGAUUAAUCGCAAGGAAAUGUACGUCCGGUACAUCUACAAGCUGCUCGAUCUGCACCUGGGCGCUGAGAACUACGUCGAGGCAGGGCUAACGUUGAAGCUGUACGCCGAUAUGCUGUCCUGGGACAGCGAACACAUUUCCGAUGAAUCCAAUGGCCCGCGAGAGUGGGAGCAGAAGGAGAAGAGCUACAAAAAUAUCAUAUGCUACUUCGAUAAGGGAAAAUGCUGGGAGAAAGGCAUCCCACUGUGCAAGGAGUUGGCAAUGUUUUACGAACGCAAACGCUUCGACUACAAUCGGCUCAGCGAAAUGCUGAUGGAGGAGGCCAGAUUUUUCCAAAACAUUCUGACACAGCUGCGCCCGGAACCGGAAUAUUUCCGUGUCGGAUACUAUGGCACCGGUUUUCCUUCGUUCGUCCGGAACAAGCAAUUCAUUUACCGUGGCCUAGAGUACGAACGCAUUGGCGCGUUCAUACAGCGCCUGCAGACCGAGUUUCCCACCGCCCAGAUACUGGACAAGAAGCAGUACCCACCGGACAGUUCGAUCUUGAACUCGCCCGAGCAGCGCUUCCACGCGGUCAACGUGCGCCCGAUUCCCGACCCGUACCAUCUGAAGAGCGCCAAGGUGACCGUGCCGGAGAAGAUUUCCAAGUACUACGAAGUAAACGACGUAACUCGCUUCCAGUACGAUCGUCCGGUGCACAAGGGUACGGUGGAUAAGGAUAACGAGUUCAAGUCGCUAUGGAUCGUUCGGACGAUUUACGAGACGGCGCAACCGUUGCCGGGUAUUUUGCGGUGGUUGGAAGUGAGCAAAACCUCCGAGCACGAGUUAACACCGGUUGAGUUUGCCUGCGAAACGAUCGCCAACGUGAACAAGGAACUGUCCGAUUUGAUCGUUCAGUAUCGGCUCGAUCCGAAGCGCAAUCUGAACCCGUUCACCAUGCGCAUCCAGGGUUCGGUCGAUGCGAACGUCAACGGAGGCUUCAGCAAGUAUCAGGACGCAUUCUUUUCGGAGCGUUUCGCCAAGUCGACCGAAGGGCGCGACCAGAGCGUCCACGUGCAGCGUCUCAAGCGCUUGAUCUACGAGCAGAUGCAGAUCCUCCGUCAGGCGCUCGAGCUCCAUCGAAGUCUCGCCUCGGAGCAGGUGCUCCCGCUGCACAAUCGCCUCUCGGAGGCAUUCCACGAGCUCGAAAAGAGCACGGCCGAGUGGAAGACAAACAUAAACAUUCCAACGAAACCCCUACCCCCGCUGCCGAUCGGGCAGCAAUCGACCGGCACGUCGACCGGUUCGUCGCACUAUCAGUCGGUUGGGCCGUCCAAUGGACGACUGCCAUCGAACGGUGGACAGGAAAUGGUCUACUUUCCGGAGGACUACGACGGAACGUACAUGUCGGUGACCAAGAAAGGCCUCUCGUUGUCGGGCAUCGUGCCGAUAGGUACCCUCAAUGCAUCAGCCAUGGUUCCGCAGAUUCCUCCGCGUGACAGUACCGGUGGCCUGCCGGCGGUAUGUUCACCAACCGCCCCUCCAUUACCACCGCGUGGCCAUACACCCGACAAGCGUAGCUCCAAUCCGAUGCCAUUCACCGAGUACGUCGAGCAACAGCAACAAAACCAACAUCAACAGCAGCAGCCGCAACAGGGACAAACACUACCGGGGAAGGGUCGGCAGAAAAAGUACUCGCUGUAUGAAAUUUCACUCAACGAUAGCGGCAACUACGGCAGCCCGAGACCGCUAACCGAGUUCCGGCAGGGGUUUAACAGAGAUUCGGGCAUUUCCACCAGCACGCAGGAGUUGAACAACCUGAACGUCGGAGAAGCUGCGGCCCACUAUCAUCACCCAGUCGCCGUGCCCCCACCCCCGGAAACCAACAGCACCACGGCAACAUCGACGCCCCACGACGACUACAACAUCAGCGCUAAUGGGAACACGCUGCAGGCAUCGCUAACCCGGGAGUCACCGAUCCUGCGGGGACAUCAGAAGACCAACUCCAAUCCCGAGGCGUACCAAUGCAUUACGCCAAUGGCGCAAACUAGGUCACCCACGGCUAAACCUCCACCACCUCCGAUUCCGCCGAAAUCGGCCACACUCCAUCACCAGCACUCCCUUCCGGCCAUGAUUCAUCACAAUAACAGCAGCAGCAGCAGCAACAACAACAUCAAUAACAACGCUUCCGUUCAUUUCUACCAGCACCAACCCCCGCCGCACCACCACCAGCACCAACCCCCGCACCACCACCAUCAUCACCAGCGCAAUCAGUCCCUAAACCUAAGCACCAACAGUUCGUCCGAUGGGGAGCAGCUGAGCCUGAACGACAUCAGCCCGGCCCCGCCACCGAUGUUCAACGACAACUUUAGCGAUUCGUUCAGCGACGACGGUGACAAUCCGGUGGUAGCAUUGGUGGCACCACCUCAGAUACCGAAGCUCAGGGAUCAAAGUCCCGGACGUAGUGGACCUUCCUCGGCCGCUGCUGCUGCCGGUGGUGGUGUGGGGUUCCUGAUGAACGGUGGUGGUGCGUCCGGUGAGGUGCUGGAAAUGGGUUCCAUUACGACGACCACCACCACGACGACCAUCAUUUCGCUGCGGCGUGACGAUGAGGAUGAAAUAUUCUACUAAACUCUUUUCCCCUGUGGUCCUGGUUAAGGUGACCAAGCCCCCGCCAAAGUGGGGAAUGGGAAAAGAGCGAACGUGAAAAAAAACCACACUACAACAUUACACAUACCAACGAUAAUUACAUUCAGGAAAGUGUUUUACGAAGCAUGAGGAGAAGAAUAGCAUGAAGCAGCGGGGAAAGGGCCGAAUAGAAGACUAAGAAACAGUUAUACUAUAUUACACAAGCAUACAUAUUUGCUCUAUUUACAUUUACAAAUAAAAAUAUACACUCAAGACGUACGCGGUUAUAUACAUUACCUAAAGCGCAUACCGAUUUCGCUACCGUAACAAAUUCCAUACAAAAUAUACCUCUAUGCAUGCGUACUCUUUUUUUUUCUGAUAGCGAUAAACACAAUUGACGAAACGCUAGAAGAGCGCGUGUGUGCGGAAAGCGCGUCUAAUUUUUAGUGUGUGUUUAGCAUACGAGUGAAACUUUUUUGCCAAAUAUUUUAACUACAAAUGAAGCAGGAGUCCAAGUGUCCCCAAAAGGUGUCACCACUCGAGAACAAGGGUGAACUAGGUGAAGAGAAGCCAAACGAAUAUUAAAAAAAGCAACAUAAUAAUAAUAAUAACACAAACAGAUAAAACAGUCAUAUGAAAACGAAUAUACUCUAGCAUAAAAACUUUACGAUAAAUAAUGUAUCUCGUAUCUAAGCAACGGGAAGCGAAGGUGGCUUCGGCGUAAGCUAACGGAUUUCAACGAUUGGAAAAUACAAGCAUAUUCCGCACUUUGGAUCGCAGGAAGGGAAGGGGGCAAUGCAGAGCGAGAUUAUUCAACUGGAAGUGGAACGUUCUGUGGAAAAGAUUUGUAUUAAAAAAAAACAAGAAAAGAAAUGAAAAAAAAAACAAAAACGGCAAUCACAAAACCCCCGUUUACCCCUCGGUAUUAAUUAUCUCUAUUC